AUGGAUGUGUCAUGGCCGUACGCUGUCUCUGCCAUGGCUAGCAUUAUGACGUUGCCCUUAUACGUUCUUAUAGUGAUCGCAGGCCUUGCUGAUAUUUGGUCAUUGGUAAAUUAUCUGCUCUUUACUUUUCUACGUGAAUCCCAGCUAUUCAAUGUAUUUUUUUGGGAAAAUCGACACUUUAUUGCCAAAUACGAGCACACAAAUAUAUGCUUCUCCACUUUUCUCAGAUUUGUCGGUAUCACUUUGAUGUCACUGCAGAGAUACAUUGGCGUUUGCCAAUCUGGAGGAAGAAUUGAAUGGGUAUUUGUUCAGAUACGAUUUCGUUUGGUUUCUCUCGUAUUUUCCAGCAACAACAUAUAG